ACAACCCACGGACGGCCUAGGGGAGGGUUCAGUCACGGCGAAUCUUUCGAUGAUAUUGAACCACGAGACGCGCCUGUGGUGCGUUUGGGGUGUGUGUGUUCUGGUGUCGGGUAUUCCCGUUGAAAACAGAUGCAAAUCCGCUACCUGGAGCAGAGCAAAAGUAGGCUGCUAGGGUCUCGUGCCAUUCCUUGUGCGACCCGGUCGCAUAGCAACCAGGAGGGACAUCCGGGAACAAGCAGUGCGUGUUCGGUUUCGGUGGAUGCGUGAGCAACGGAGAGCAUCAGGUGGCAUCAGUGAGAAAGUGUUGUUUGCGCGAAAAUGAAACUUCCAGAAAGCCACUACCCAACUUUGGAUGAUGAACGAGCGCCACCGGGGACACCAUCGCACUAUGAGGACCAGCACUAUCCAUCGGCACAUGAAGCGAUGAUAACGAAUGAUGAUUAUAGGCAGUCCGCUGGCAUCAGCCCAUACGAAAAGAAACUCCUCCUGGAAAUCGAAAGCAAACCGGAAAAACGAGAAAAUGAAGCCAAACUCAACGGUGAGGGACACGAGGGACCAGCAAACCCACCUCUAUCGGAAGCUGUAUCCUCGUCCACGAUGGGCGGUGUGUUUCAUCAGCUACUGCUUACAUCUGCGGUGCUGCUGCUGGCGGCAGCCUGCGGUAUGCCAAUAGGAUACUCGGCCGUCCUAUUGCCGCAGCUAUACGAUACCAACGAAUCUCUGGCCAUCGACAUCGAGAUGGGUUCAUGGAUCGGUAAGUUCCACACCACUAAACCAACGCGCAUUGUAUCCAUUAACGAUAGUUUUCCCUUCGGUUCCGUUACAGCUAGUGUUCAUAGUUUAGCCACACCGAUCGGAUCGUUCGCUUCCGGUCCGAUUAUGGACCGGUGGGGCCGUCGACCGGCGCUCCUGCUAGCCAUUAUACCGCUCUUCGCGGGAUGGGUUCUACUGGCCACGGCGUCAUCCCACGUUCUGCUGCUGCUAGGACGAAUGGUGGCUGGUGUGUCGGUCGGAUUGAUAGCCGCUCCAGCACAGGUACUGCUGGCGGAGAUAGCGGAACCACGACUUCGUGGGCUACUGAUUGGGGCCCCAUUUGUCGCCUACUCCUUGGGUAUCCUGCUGGUGUACGCACUCGGUAGCCAGCUGCACUGGCGUGCAGUUGCCUGGGGUGGUACCGUUCUACCGGCACUAUCCUUCGUGGCACUCUACUUCGCUCCGGAAUCCCCGACAUGGUUAGCUCGCAACAGCCAACAGGAUCGGGCAUCGAAAGCCCUCACCUGGUUGCGUGGCUGCCCGAUAGCAGCAAAGAAGGAACUACAGAAGCUAACGGAACGGUUCGAGCAGGAACAGGAACAGGAAAGGCUCGAUGGGUCCCCACAAAGCUUCUGGCAUUCGCUAAAAGAGAUCGCGCUCAUUAAACCACUCGUCAUCAUAAACGGAUUCCACGCGCUACAGAUCCUGUCCGGUACCUAUCUGGUCGUGUUCUACGCGGUCGAUCUUAUCUCCGACCUCGGUGGCAGUGAUAUCAACACCAUUCAGGCGGCCGUCCUGACGGCGAUCGUUCGGCUUGCCUUCACGUUCCUCUACUGCUUCUUGCUGCUGCUAAUGCCCCGCCGUUCGAUGGUUUGCAUCAGUGGGCUCAUUUCCGGUGCGAGCUGCAUCGCGAUCGCGAUAUUUAUGUACGUUCGCAGCGGAGAAGCAUCGGCGCCGUACGACACGUACAUUGCGGCAACGCUCAUCCUGAUCUACAUCGGAUCCAACACCGGGUUCCUCACGAUGCCCGGCAUCAUGAUUGGGGAGCUGCUGCCGGCCAAGAUUCGGGGCCAAAUAGCGGGCUACCUGUUCACCGUGUUUAACCUGCUGCUGUUCGGUGUGGCAAAGGGUUUCCCGUUCGCGAAAGCGGUCCUCAAAACACAGGGACUGUUUGUAAUGUUCGGUGUGGCUUCGUUCGGUGCAUCGCUACUCAUGUACCUGUUGCUACCCGAAACGAAGGGCCGUACGCUGCACGAUAUCGAGGAUUACUUUGGCCAGCGGAAUUGGCUGUGGAUGAAUAGGCAGCGGAAGGAAACGACACCCAACGCGCCUCGUUCCGAAGAUGCGGAGGGGCAGCCGCUAAAAGCCAUCGUCCCAUCGACGUAACACACGUUAGUUUCCAGCUUCCGCCUACCGACUGCGGGUUCACGAUCCGAUUCCCGGUGGGUCGAGGAAUGUAGACAAAACUUUAUGUGAUAUUUUGUAAUGCCCCCCUCUAGUAAGUGUACUUUUAAUUUAUCAAGCCCCAGUGUACGUACCCCCCAUAGUCUUGCCACGAUAUUCCUGAAUGAAUAUAUACACCGUUUUCCCUCGCGAGAA